GUUACUGUACAGAAUACAAACCCCUUGCUGCACGCCAUCAGUCCGAACAAGCGCAUCCGGCCGGGCGCGAGUCACAUCGCCAACCCCGCUUGCACAAAAACACACACACGCUUCGUCGCGAUGGCGCACGCCGUGCACACCAAGUCCUAUAGCCGUCAUGUAGGCAGUGCGAACGGCAUUGCAGCGCCUCGCGCGGUGACUCAGGCCCCCGCAAGCCGGCGCCGAGUUGCUGCGGUUUUCGCUGCCGCCGCUGCUGGAGGUACCGCUCGCCCCCGGCCGGAGGCCCCCCGGCCCCCGCCGACCGCCAACAUGGACCGCCGCGGAGUGAUAUCUGCGCUGCUAGCGAGUGCCCUGCUGCUGCCCUCGGCGGCAGUGCAGGCAGAGGAGGUGGUGGGCAGCGUUGGCAGCAAGGUGUUCUUCGACCUGACCAUCAACGGCGAGCCCGCGGGCCGCAUCACAGUGGAGCUCCUUGCGGACGCCCCCGCCGGCGCCUCGCGCUUUGCAUCCCUGGCGGCAGGGCGGCAAGGGGUGGACUACCGCCUGUCCAAAUUCAAUGGCGUGCUGCCGACCUACAUCCGAAAUGACGGCGUGAAGAGCCUGUCGUACACGGCCAACGAGGUGUCGCCCAUCAGCGGCGUGGACACCAUUGACGAGCUGGAGGCUGAGCUCGACAAGCAGACGCGGAAACACGACCAGGCGGGGCUGGUGUCCAUCGUCGUCCGGGAAAAGGAGGAGCGGCCGGUGAAGGAGCGCCUGGUGGCGCGUGACGGCAAACUCAUCACCGUGCUGGAGCAAGCGGGCGAGGCGCCCAACGGCACCCAGUUCGCCAUCACCACCGCGCCCAGCCCCGACCUGGACGGCACCAACCUGAUCAUCGGCCGGGUGGUUGAGGGCGGCGAGCUGCUGGAGCGCAUCGCCAAGCUGCCCGUCAACCGCCCACGCAACGACAACCCCUACUUCCAGGCGGGCAAGGCCAUGGGUGACAAGCGCGCGGUGACGGCGGAGCGCGCCUUCUACCGCCCCUUCCAGAAGGUGGUGGUGGCGGGCAGCGGCGUGCUGUGAGUGCUGAGGCGGCGGUGGCGUGGGGCUUCUGGAAGCUGGUUCGCGGCAGGGGAGUUUUGGUGUUCGCGCCCGCCCUGGUUGGUGGCGUUGGUUGUGGUGUUCGUGUUGGUGGCUAUGGUGCUAGUGGAGGAUGCUCAGAGAGAAGACUAUCUUGCGUAUGUGGUUUCAGGCGUGUCGUGUGUCGGUGUGUACGACAGUGAGGUUAGGCGCAGCGUGCGCGUGGCGAUACUGUUGGCGGUGGCACGCGUUGCCGGUUGUCCUGGCCCAAGACAUUUAGCCGUUUAUUUGGAAGUGAUCUACUUCAUGAUCCAUGGGGUCGUGCAUGGGAUGCGGCUGUUGCGAGGAGCGGCUGCAGGCAGGCCUCAGGCAGUGGGGGCCUGUUCAGGCAGCUGGAGACAUCGCGAUCAGACUCGAGUGCUUCAUGUUGCGAAUAGCGGUCAGGCUGCACAGCCGCAAGAGCAAUUACAGCAACGCAUUGCCUGUUGAUCCUCUUCAGGCAGGUGCGGACAUUGUGAUCAGAUUAGAGUGUGCACGUUGUGAGCGGCGGUUAGGCUGCGCAACCGCACGAGCACGAGCAAGCCAGAGUGGCAGGCGAAUCGCACGGGGCACACGGACCGGCGUGUAAGGCUUCGAAUGC